AUGCGUCUGUACUGCAGCACGCUACUUGCCGUGGUCACGCUUUUCGCUGUCGGCACUUCCGUGGUCACUGGUGAUAACGAUCGUAACAAACUUUUCAGGGGGGCAACCGCGGGUCUUCCAGUCGUGUCUCCCGUGCUCACCAAAAACGAACGAGAUUCGACAGCGCGGCGCGUUUUGAGGGCGGUAGAUGAUAAUGAAGAUGACCGGGCGUUCGGUAUUCCAAGCAUGUCCACGAUCACGGAGACGGCCAUGAAGAUCCCGGGCGCGUCGACGGUUGCGGGGCUGGCCAAAACUCUGCCGGGUGCGUCAAUGGUGGGGGAUUUGGCCCAGAAGAUGCAGUAUCAGUACUGGCUGAAGAUGAACAAGACACCGGACGAAGUGAAGACGAUCCUGGGGCUCGACGACCUCGGGACGAAGAUUCUUGAUAGCCCCAACUUGGACAUUUGGAUCCGGUACGCCAAGAUGUACAACGAACGCAAUAAUCUCCCGGACACGUCGAUGAUCUCCGAGUUACUGAAGAAAAUCCCCAGCGACAGAAUCAUGGAGCUAGUGAAGAAGAUCCCUGACUCGGCAAAGAUCAUCGAGAGCGUGCAGUACCAGUACUGGCUGAGGAUGAACAAGACCCCGGACGAGGUCAAGACAAUUCUGGGUCUUGACAACCUUGGAGCCAAAAUCCUGGACCACCCCAACGUGGACAUUUGGGUUCGAUACACUGGCAUGUACAACAAGCGCAAAAAGCUCCCAGACUCAUCAAUGAUUUCGGGGUUGCUAAAAGUGGUCCCCACCGACAAAAUGAUGGAGCUGGUGAAGAAGAUCCCGGGCUCGGCGAAGGCGAUCGAGAGUGUGCAGCACCAGUAUUGGCUCAGGAUGAAGACGACCCCGGAAGAAGUCAAGAAGCUGCUAGGUCUGGAUGAUCUUGGAGCCAAAAUUCUCGAGAGCCCCAACCUGGACAUUUGGAUCCGGUACACUCGCACGUAUAACGAGCGCAACAAUCUCCCCGAAACGGCGAUGAUCGAAGACUUGCUCAAGAUGAUCCCAGCUGACAGAACGAUGGAGCUGGCCAAGAAACUCCCUGGCUCUGCGAAGACCAUCGAGAACGUGCAGUGCCAGCUCUUGCUUCAGAUGAGCAAGACUCCGAGCGAAGUCAAGACGCUACUGGGCCUUGAUACCCUCGGAACAAAGCUUCUUGACAGUCCCAACCUAAACAUUUGGAUUCGAUUUAAGCGGAUGUACAAGCAGCAGCACGGGGCCGCCGCUGCAGCCUGA